GGCCCGCGACGGUUAAACUGGGGCUGCAGAUCGGGGCGGCGGAGCGUCGGGGCUGGAGCUCCGAGGAGACUAUACGGCCCGCAGGCGUCCUGCGCGGGCCCCGCCAUGCCGACUCGGGUGGAGGACUACGAGGUGCUGUACACCAUUGGCACCGGCUCCUACGGCCGCUGCCAGAAGAUCCGCAGGAAGAGCGACGGCAAGAUAUUAGUUUGGAAAGAACUUGACUAUGGCUCCAUGACAGAAACUGAGAAACAAAUGCUUGUUUCUGAAGUGAAUUUGCUUCGGGAGCUGAAACAUCCAAACAUUGUCCGCUACUAUGAUAGAAUUAUUGACCGGACCAACACGACCCUGUACAUUGUCAUGGAAUGCUGCGAAGGAGGAGACCUGGCUGGUGUGAUUUCAAAGGGAACCAAGGAAAGACAAUACUUAGAUGAAGAGUUUGUUCUUCGUGUGAUGGCUCAGUUGACUCUGGCCCUAAAGGAAUGUCACAGACGAAGUGAUGGCGGCCACACUGUGCUGCAUCGGGAUCUGAAACCAGCCAAUGUCUUUCUGGAUGGCAAGCAGAACGUUAAGCUUGGAGACUUUGGGCUAGCUAGAAUAUUAAACCACGAUACAAGUUUUGCGAAAACAUUUGUUGGCACACCUUAUUACAUGUCUCCUGAACAAAUGAAUCGCAUGUCGUACAACGAGAAGUCGGAUAUCUGGUCACUGGGUUGUUUGCUGUAUGAAUUAUGUGCGUUAAUGCCUCCAUUUACAGCUUUCAACCAGAAGGAACUAGCUGGGAAGAUCAGAGAGGGCAAAUUCAGGCGAAUUCCAUAUCGUUACUCUGAUGAAUUAAAUGACAUUAUUACGAGGAUGUUAAAUUUAAAGGAUUACCAUCGACCUUCUGUUGAAGAAAUUCUUGAGAAUCCUUUGAUAGCAGACUUGGUUGCCGAAGAGCAAAGGAGAAAUCCUGAGAGGAGAGGGCGGCGAUUAGGAGAACCAGAAAAGCUGCAGGACUCCAGCCCUGUGCUGAGUGAGCUGAAACUGAAGGAAAUACAGUUGCAGGAGCGGGAGGCAGCCCUCAAGGCCAGGGAAGAAAGCCUGGAGCAGAAAGAGCGUGAGCUUUGUGUCCGUGAGAGGCUGGCGGAGAACAAGCUGGCCAGAGCGGAAGGUCUGCUGAAGAAUUACAGCCUGCUGAAGGAGCAGAAGUUCCUGUCUCUGGUGGGCGGCCCAGAACUGUUUGAUCUCCCAUCGUCGAUUGUGAAGAAGAAGGUUCACUUCAGUGGGGAGAGUAAAGAGAACGUCAUGCGGGGUGAGAAUUCUGAGAGUCAGCUCACCUCCAAGUCCAAGUGCAAGGACCUGAAAAAAAGGCUUCACGCUGCUCAGCUUCGCGCUCAAGCCCUGUCGGACGUUGAGAAGACUUACCAGCUGAAAAGCAGGCAGAUCCUGGGCAUGCGCUAGCCGGGCCAGAGACACAGACCUGUGCAGAGUGCUUCACGUCGCUGGCGCUUUCUAGAUGAAAAACUGACUGCUGUAACCCGUUUCUGUGGUUCUGAGAGCCACACUUUUUGUAGAAUUGGCAGGAUAUUGGGGUAUUAAUCCUGCAGUCCUCCAGCACCAGUUGUACCAAAGUCCACACCUUUCAUUUUUCUUCCUUUUGUAAUGAACACUUCAUAGAAAGAAUAACACUUUCUUGGCCGGUUGGGCUUUUAAUCCUGUGUGUGAUUACUACUGGAACAUGAAAUGUUAUAUUCUAAAUAUAGGGGGAUGGGGAAUACUAUUAGGAAAAGAUACUGACUCAGGAGCAGUGCGUACUGAGACAUUUUAAGGGACUGAAUGGUGUGCUUACAGCUGUCAUGUCUAGAAGUUUUAAAUGUUUUAGAAGUUUUAAUAAAAGUCUGAGGUUUUAAAUGUUCUUAGCUUAGAGAAAACCUAACUGGAUUAUAGAUUGGUCACUAAAACCUUGACAUCUUGCUUAUAAAUACCCACUACUCUGUGGGAGGCUAGGGAAGAGAAUGUGAUGUUCCCAAGAGCCGUACAGUGGUGUCUUUUUUUUUUCUUCUUUUUAGCAGUAUGUGAGCUUUCAUUUGUCCACCUCUUUCUCACUAAAUAAAAGAAUUCGUUAGUUUUUCUAUA